GUAAAAUACCUGUUUCUUAAAAAAAACUCAUGCUUGGAACGAAUGCUCGACAACUGGCACCAGCCACGACUGCAGAAAUCUGCCAGAUCGCUGAGGUGCUGGUGGAUCCCCAGCUUCAGAACCGCUCGGUAAGAAUCACGGGGAAACUGGAGACUUACGAUGCACAGCGUAAAGUGGCGCGAGUCUCGUUCCAGGAUGUCUCGAUGACGGUGGAGACGCAUCGACUGGCGCUCGAGAACUUGCGGUUGCAACUUGGCUCCAUGUACCAGUUCCUGGGUGAGACCUACGCAUGCAAGCAGGGUGGACCCGUGGAGGUUCGAUUGGUGGCUCGAGUGGCUCGCAACGUUGACAGCUUAGAUAUUGACCUGUUCAUUGAGACGCUGGCAAUGCGACGGCAGUUUCUGGCAUCUCGGGGAUAACUCAAGUCAAUCUCAGUAAUAAACAGACAGCUUGCAUGUCA